AUGUCACUAAGUCCGCCUGCCUACCUCAGUUCACUGCAGAAUAACAUUAGAGCACGUCCAAAAUCGCUGACGAUUCUACCGAUUCCUUGGGACGGUGCUGUGCGGGCAGGAAAUCUUACUGAUGACCAGCUCAAGAAGAUUAGAUCUGUGGACAAGGUCAGAAAAGAGCAGAGGAAGCAGACAAUCGAAAAGGAUGUCCAGAGCUACAGUACGCUGCUAGUGGGUGGUUCCGACGGUGGCAGCGUGCUAGAGAAAGCUUCGAAACGAAACGAUAUCAUUCAGUAUAUCUUGGUUUUGGCGACGGACCUGAUCAGUGAUGCGCCAGCUCUUGCGACCGCGAUUCUCGAACAUGCCGAGCCGUACAAGAUCUUUCUGUCCUUCUUGAACCAACCCAGCCACCCAGAGGAGCCCAUCCUGCUCUUCUCCGCUACAUUCUUGGUCGACCUCAUUGCUAUCUCUCUAACGACGUCACCAAAACCCGCGCCGCGAGAUGACGAAGCACUCCCGCAGUUAUAUUCAUACCUAGCCAAGUUGGUUAAGAACCAAGACAGCGGUUUGCAGGACAUUGGAGUACAGCACAUGUCGCGGUUACUUCGAACGAAGCGGUCGAAAGAGCUAUUCUGGAAACAGAAAAUGGACACGGUCGAUCCACUAUUUGAUAUUUUGAGAAAAGCGGUGGGAACUGCCAAAGACAACGAUUCUUCUCUGUGGAGUGGAGCUACAAGUAUCAGAAGCAAUGACACCAGAUUUGGAGGAGGCGUUGCUCUACAAUUGAUGUACCAUGUCCUACUUGUGAUAUGGCAACUCAGUUUUGAGGGCGAGAUGGUUGGCGACGGUCUCGAAAAGGACGAGGAAAUCGUGCCGCUGUACGUGCAGCUACUUCGAAUGUCGCCCAAGGAAAAGACCACCCGUUUGCUCUUAGCAACAUUAAACAACUUACUCUCGUCGAACAAAGAGACCUUGAUUGCAGCUGCUACCACGGCAAGGCUUCCGGCCCUUCUAGGUAAUCUUAACGGGCGGCAUCUGACCGACCCUGAUUUGCUGGAAGAUUUGGAUGCUCUCAAAACGAUGCUUGAAGAGUAUACCAAGAAUCAGACCACUUUCGAUGAGUAUGCUGAUGAAGUCAAUUCUGGACAUCUACGUUGGUCUCCCCCCCAUCGCAACCCCACAUUCUGGAGAGAGAAUGCAUGCAAGAUUCUUGAAGACAAGAAGGGCGAACUUCCCAAAAAAUUGGCCGAGAUCAUGGCCAAAGGGUGGGAGUCGGAUAAAAAGGUCCUGGCGAUCGGAUGUAAUGAUGUGGGCAAUCUGGUCAAAGAGGUACCGGAGCAACGAUCAGCACUCGAAAAGCUCGGCCUCAAAGCACGGCUCCUGGAAUUGAUGGGAGAUUCAGACGAGAGCGUGAGAUGGGAAAGUCUUAAAGCUGUUGGGGAAUGGAUGCGAUACACAUUUGAGAAGUGA